UCUUGCCUGUCUUCGUCUUUAACCCUGUCCCCCUCUCUACCCCUCUCUUCUCUCGGGCCUGUUCCGAGCUGUGCCUGGCAGCUCCAAGCAGGGCCCUGCACCCAGGCCCUUUGCAAUAAACCGCAAGUUCCACGCCCUGGCUGCAGAGCUCUCUCGUCUCCGUCCGUCCCGACCGUCCUACCCCCCGACACUCCUACAAACGCUCUCAUCCCUUGUUUUCCCCAAACCAGGAUUUCCCAUUGCCAAGGCCUAGGAGGCUGCGAGGAAGAGGAAGAUGCCCCGGGACACUGAGGCAGAGCAGGAGCUGAGCAUGGAGAGCAGGGAGGACAAAUGCCCGCGGCAGAACCUGGUGGAAGAGGCCGUUUUGAGCGGCUCCACGGCGCAGGAAGCCAACGGGGAGGAAAAGCCCCGGAGAUGCUGCACGAGGAGGGGCUGCCAACGCAGCCGGCGGGGAUCUGAGGGGGAAGGAGCCAGCCUGGGCCGGGAAGGCGGCCAGAGACGGAGCCAGAGCUCAGAGCUGGUGCUCCAUGAGCAGCUCCAUGGUGGGGAGAAGCCACACACGUGCGAGGAGUGUGGGAAGAGCUUCAGGUGGAACUCUGAACUGAUCAAGCACCAGAGGAUCCACACUGGGGAGAAGCCCUACGAAUGUGGGGAGUGUGGGAAGAGCUUCAGCCGGAGUUCCAUCCUGAUUGUGCACCAGAGGAUCCACACUGGGGAGAAGCCUUACGAGUGUGGGGAGUGUGGGAAGAGCUUCACAGAGAGCUCCAGCCUGAUUGUGCAUCAGAGGAUCCACACUGGGGAGAGGCCGUACAAGUGUUCCGAGUGUGGGAUGUGCUUCAGCCAGAGCUCCAACCUGAUCAUGCACCAGAGGACCCACACUACUGAGAGGCCCCAUGAGUGUUCCAAGUGUGGGAAGAGGUUUAAGACCAGCUUCAUUCUUCUCCGGCACUAUCGGAUUCACACAGAGGAGAGGCCCUUCCAGUGCCCCGACUGCGGGAAGGGGUUCAAGCAGAAUUCCACCCUCGUCAAGCACCGGCGCAUCCACUCUGGAGAGAGGCCCUACGAGUGUCCCCAGUGUGGGAAGAGCUUCUCACAGAGCUCUAACUUGAUCCGACACCAACGGAGGCACCGGUAAGGGAAGCCCUGCGAGUGCCCCAAGUGCGGGCAGAGCUUCGUGCGCUGCUCCAGCUCCAUCCCCCACUGGAGGAGGCACUUUGGGCACAGCCCUGGUUGUUGUAGUGUGUUUUAAGUUUCUCAGUUUGCUCCCCCAUUUUAUGUACUGUACCCUCCUUUGUUCUUUGUAAAUGGUUCCUCUCCCUCCAGUUUUUCCCGCCACUGCCUCCUUGCCAGUUAAGUUGCUUAGUUACCAUGCUAUUUUUAGUUGCUAAUGUUACAGUUUGUAGAACCUCUCCUCCCUCAUCCCACCUUAUAAGUGGAUGUUUUCUCCUCCCUGGGCACAGUCAAUCACCCCCCACUCCUCCCAGGUUUCGAGAACCUUCUCCUCUCUGGGGGUUGUGGUUGGCUGUGGUCCCGGGGCCCCUCCUUUACUUUGUAUUCGUCUGUUCCUGGUGUAUGUCAGUUAUGUUCAGUACCUCCCUUUGAGUUUCCCCAUUGGAUAACUGAGCUCCCCUCCUCUCUCCUCCCCUUCCCUAUAAAACCUUGUCGCUCCCCCUGUUCGGGGCCAUUUUGCUGGUUGGUGCCCCUCCUUGUUGGUGCCUCCGGAUCACCCAAUAAACCGACUGUUCACCCCCA